AGACUGUCAGUUAUAAUUCAAACUCAAAUAAUCAAUGAAUAUUAUGUCAAAGUCGCCUACAAUUUCCCUCGGUUUUUCCAAAUUGUAUUUAUUUAAGUAAAAAUUCAGAAUAUUAUUGCACUUUACUUUCGAGUAGCAUCCUUACCACCAUCAACAACUCUACACAACCAUUAUGCUCAAGAUACUUUCGUGGAUUAAGACGCGAUCGAAUAAGUCUGCAGUAAGAUGCUAUCAAAAUCAACUGCCAACCGGACGUGCCACACGCUCAUCAUGUAGACCGGAUGACAGUCGGAGUAGUGUGGUAGGCAGUCACAGCAUGUGGCGACCCCGCCUCCGAGAGCUGCACGUCAAUCGCUUUAGUGAGCAGUCUCCAGGAGACUUGGCAGACAAUGGUUAUGAUUCAAAUGCGGGAAGCGAUGACCAAUGGUCGGGUAUCAAUGGGCCAACGCUGCGCUGGGGAAUUGCACCCAUUAGCCUGAUGGCGGACGACUUUGCUGCAGCCCUGAGUGUCCUGCCGGCUCAACACCACCGCAUCGUGUCCUGUGUGGCCGCUUACCAGUCGCACGCCCUCGCCUUCGCCGAUCGCCACAAAGUAAAGAAUGUGUACACCAGCUUCGAAGAUUUGGCCAGAUGCCCGGAUGUUGACGUUGUGUACAUCUCACCGCUGAACCCUCAGCACUCGGAGCUGUGCCACCUGAUGCUUAACCACGACAAACACGUGCUGUGCGAGAAGCCGCUCUGCAUGACGGAGGAGCAGGUGCUCAAGCUGCUGGACAAGGCGAAUGCCCGAGGCCUCUUUCUCAUGGAGGGAAUGUGGCCGAGAUGCGUGCCCGCUUACCGUUACCUGCGGCACCAGAUCCUGCGUAACCGCCUUGGCGAGCUUCAGCACAUCCACUGUACUCUGGGGCUGCCAGUUUCCAACAGUCGACUUGCUCUGUAUGGUGGAGUUACCAGCGACUUUGGCGUCUACGGAAUGCAAUUGGCCCUCUGGGUAUUCCGCGAGGUGCCACGCUGCCUUAAGGUUAGCGGCAAGGUCAACUCGGAGAAUGUGGAUGUGGCUGCCAAUAUCGAAAUGUGCUUUAGUCACGGCAAGCAGGCUUUCAUCGAAGUCAGCUCGGAGAAGAGGCUGGACAACAUGGCCAUCAUUCAGGGCAAGGAGGGAAGCAUCAAGAUGGGCAACUACUGGUGUCCCACGCGCCUGAUCACCGACCAGGUGGGCUAUGAGUUCCCACUGCCGGGGGGCGAGGAGGUGCCCGCUACCCAUUACCACAAUCGGGUGGGCAUGUGCUACGAGGCCGAGGAGGUGCGGAACUGCAUCCUGAAGGGAAACAACGAGAGCAACGUCUUCAGCCACAGCGAGAGCCUGCUUUUGGCAAAUCUAAUGGACACCAUCCAUGCUGAACUGGGGGUGGGCGAGUUUGCGCCGGCAGUGAAGUCUCCUAACUUUCAAGAGGAGGUCUUCAGUGUCCGGGACGUUGUGCAGGAUCCCGAGGAGCUGGACAGCGAGACCUGUCGCGUGGUGCAAGAUGUCAACACUGGUGAGACCCUUCCAUGCAACAGGACAGAGGAGGAGGUGGAAGAGAAACAAAACAUACCAAAGGCCCUUGAUGCUCCCUAGAAAAGGGAGAAUGGGGAUAAGAGUGGAGUAUUUAGUCGUGUCCUGUAAAAUAAGCAGUUAUGUAUCUAAAUAAAAUGUGAAAUAAUUA